AUGGCCCAGGUGUAUUCGAACUCAUUCUGCAACAUUUCAGCUGAUUGGGGUGAUGAGAACAAUGGCCUUUUCUUCCAGAGAGAUGAUUUGUACUCUCCGUGCCAUGUCACGCUGAGGUGGAAGGAUCCUGAAAACAGGUCUCCGAACCUGGAUUCCAGACCGUCACCUGAAGUUCCGCACUACAUCGUGCAGCCCAAUCUAUGGCAUGAUGAGGUUGUAAGGUCGCCUCUCAACUGCCGAGGAUGGGUCUUGCAGGAACGGCUGCUCGCACCACGGGCAUUGCACUUCUCGCCUCAACAGGUAUCGUGGGAGUGCGGGCAGGGUUGGAAGUGUGAAAUUCUGCCUUCGCCAGUCUCAACUUCACCUUUAUGCAAGGAGAAUUUCAGCAGCUUAAAAGGCCAAGGCUUUGCCAAUGAAGAGUUGCCACAAAGCCCUCUUCGAGAACCUCAUCAUUUUUGCCUUACCGGCGGUGAGCUUGCGGCAUCCCGUAGGAGAAGUCUUCUAGACUGGUGGUCGGGAGUAGUCAAGGAUUACAUGGCCUGGAACUGUGUCAUAUCCUCAGAGACCGUGCGCCCUAAUAAGUGCGAAGAUCGUGCGAUUGCAUCCGCAGCCUUUGUCCACUACCGGAAGAAGAUUGCCGAUCCGGGUUCUACUGCGUGGCAGUCUCCAGAUGAUAUUCUAAAAGAUGACAUAUUCGGCCCUAUCUCGUUGCCUGAAGUCGAGGUUCGGAUACAGGGGUUCUUAAGAUCCUGCCGCCGGAUGGCAACUCGUAACUGCCCUGCGCAUUUCAGCUAUGCCUUUCCAUCAAUCGGCUAUGAAGACUGUGCACCUGUCUACGAUCUUUUGGACUUUGACUUUGACAAGGAGCCAGAAGUCGAACUCGAAGUCCUCUAUGAUCGCACUUUGGCGGAGGAUGCUGAAACCGACAACACCAUCUACUACUACAUUAUGAUUACUUGGGCCGGGGACACGUUUUCGGAGUCUUCUAUCACUUCUCAGAAUUACUCAAACGUCCAAGGCUUGCUUUUGAAAUCUGUGGAUGCGAGCAUGGGACGGUUUGAACGCAUCGGGCACGUGACGGAUGUUUCCAUAGGACCGAGCGCGUUGCGUCCACUCGGCAAUGAACGGGAUUUGCCCUGCUGGAGCUAUAACGAGGAGACUGGCCAACACACCUUUUACGUAGUCUGA